AUGGCACACCCCGCACGACACUCUGCGAUGCUGUCCAUCAGCAACAUCGCUCCCCAGAGUGAGAGACAGCCGCCGCCAAAGCAAGCUCAAACCGUCGCCCAGCAGAGCCCCGGGCUGCGCGUCCCAUCGAAUCGCAAGACCAUCUACGACCGACAUCUGAACCGGAGUCGAAAUGCGGAGCUCAGUCGCGCGAGCUUCGCCUUCCUGUUCGCCGAAAUGGUGACAUAUGCCCAACGGAGGGUGACGGGGAUCCAAGACCUGGAGAGAAGAUUAAACGAACAGGGCUACCCCCUUGGUCUCCGCCUCCUCGACCUCCUCUUCUACAGAUCUAUGUCCUCCACAUCAUCGUCCUCAUUAUCCAGCUCCUCGACCUCCGCGUCUCCCCCCAACCGACCGCUUCGCAUCCUCCCCCUUCUCCACCUCAUCCACGGCCCGCUCUGGCGCCUCCUCUUCCAACGCCCCGCCGAUGCCCUCGAGCACUCGGUGUCGCCCGACACCCCCAACGAAUACAUGAUCACGGACAAUGACCCGCUGGUCAACACCUACAUCAGCGUCCCCAAGGAAAUGAGCAUGCUCAACUGCGCCGCUUACGUCGCCGGGAUCAUAGAGGGUGUCUGCGACGGAUGUGGCUUCGAGGCCAAGGUUACGGCUCACAACCAGCCUACGGAGAUGUGGCCAGGACGGACAAUUUUCCUCCUACGGUUCGGCGAGAGCGUCAUGGAGAGGGAGAAGGUGUUGGAGAGGGCGGGCGUCAAAUAA